UCCAAUGUUGAAUGCGUGGUGCGUGGAAUAAAAAGUGGGUCCUCGCCACCCUGGACUAGCGGGAUGCUCUUUCGCUGGUUGGGUCCCUGAAACGGCAAUGGGGCUCUUGUGCUGCUCCGCCAAAAAUCGUAAGAUGGUUUGCCUCAGUGCCUCGAUAAUUAAAGUUGUUUUGGGCCGCCCUUACCUCUUCUCUCUCUAACCAUUCUGAAGACACACCACUUCACCUGUGAGUGAGAGAUACCGCCAUCAUGGCGACGACAUUCGGAAUGGAUUACUUUUCGAGCCUCAAUGUCACGACACAGUCGAUCGCCGACGCGAUGCUUCCGCACACCACGAAUACCUACUGGCACGAAUUCGAGGAAAUUUCAAAGUACAACGUCAGCCUGAACUACCUUGAGAAACUGUGGGCGGCGUGGUACGCUUUCAUGGGAAACGAUGCGUUGGCUACGGGAAUCAUGAGCUUCGUCAUGCAUGAGACGGUAUACUUUGGACGCAGUCUGCCUUGGAUAAUCAUCGACCAAAUACCGUACUUUAAUCAGUACAAGAUCCAGCACAACAAAAUCCCUUCUGCGCGGGAACAGUGGGAUUGCGCUAUGCUCGUAUUGCUGAGCCAUUUCACUGUCGAACUUCCUCAGAUCUGGCUCUUUCACCCCAUGGCACAAUACUUUGGUCUCUCGACUUCGGUACCUUUCCCUCCGAUUUGGAAGAUGGCAUAUCAGAUUGCGAUUUUCUUCGUUCUCGAGGAUACAUGGCAUUACUGGAUGCACCGCGCGAUGCAUUGGGGUCCUCUGUACAAAAACAUUCACAAGAUUCACCACCAGUACUCUGCUCCAUUCGGACUGGCAGCAGAGUAUGCUUCGCCUAUUGAAGUUAUGGUGCUUGGAAUCGGAACUGUUUCGUCACCAAUCUUAUGGUGCGCGCUUACGAAGGACUUGCAUAUUCUGACAAUGUACAUCUGGAUCGUGCUCCGUUUGUUUCAGGCUAUCGACGCGCAUUCUGGAUACGAAUUCCCGUGGAGUCUGCACCACUUCUUGCCUUUCUGGGCCGGAGCUGAUCACCACGACACACAUCACGAGAAGUUCAUUGGCAACUACUCUAGCUCUUUCCGAUGGUGGGACUACUUCCUUGACACGGAGAGUGGCCCAGAGGCCGCGAGAAGGCGAAGGGAGAAGCGUCUGGCGAAGUUGAAGAGCCAGAAGGCGCAGUAGUCGAAUCGAAAUAUGAAGGUGAAAUGAUACCACAGUGGAACGGGUUUGAGUGCGCACUUCGAGCGGGCGUUUUCAUUCCUGUCUUUAAUGCAUGAGAUUAGGUCUCUUGAAAGAAAGAGUGAGCAUGAGUACGCUGUAAUUUGUACAUAUAGUCAUAUUUCGUGACACAGAAACAGUACUCUCUGAAAUAAAAUAGAGGUCGUCGCAAGACCAGGUCGUGCAG